AUGCGAGAUAAGGAUGGAAUUAUUUUUGAUCCAAUUGCACCUCGAGCCGGCGAAAGAUUAACUGCAACAUGUACAGUCGUAGGACUAACACCAACAGAUAAACGAAACCGUAUGAAUGAUGGAAAAAAUUUUACAAUAGCAAUGGAUAACGCUGUAUUUCAAUUCAAUCAGCCGGUUCCUCGUUUAUAUGCAUCACAUCAAAUCGAUACAUCAGAUUGGUAUCUUACAUUUACUCCGCUGGAUCGAGAUGAUAUUGGAAAUUUGACAUGUGCAUUGGCCGAUACCAACAACAGAGAAAUAUUUUUAACACGAUUUCUAAACGUGAAUAGUGAACCAGUUGUAUUAGAAUCAUCAACCAAAGAUACUGAAGUAAUGGAAGGUCAGACAGUCGUAUUAACAUGUAAUGCACAAGGUUAUCCGACACCUAAAAUUGAAUGGCAAAGAGCAGAUGGAAAACCAUUGUCAUCCGGAGAGAUUCGACAAGUUGGUACACAGCUUCAGUUAAAUCAUGUGACACGAGCUGAUGGAGGUAUUUACAAAUGUUUAGCUAAUAAUCUUGUUGGUUUUGGUGCUGAAUGGACAUUAAAAUUAUCUGUCAGAUUCAAACCGUAUAUUUAUUGUCAAAAAGAUGUUGGUCAGGCAGCUCAAUUUCAAGUUGAUGCCUAUGUUGAAUGCUAUGUUUAUGGUUAUCCAGCACCUCGGAUAAGUUGGAUCAAAUCCAAUUCUGCUGGCUCAACAAUAAAUGGAACAAAUGUUAAUUAUGAAGGUGUAAUUUGGAAUUCAAAUAAAUAUCGUAUUGAAGCAAUAAUACCAGAAAUGUCAUUGUGUACAGAUUGUAUACUGUCUCGUUUGACUAUUAUCAAUGUUGAAGCGGGUGAUUAUGGUUUAUAUUUCAUUAAUGCUACUACAAGUGGAUUUAAAACAGAGCUUGGCCAAGUUGAAUUAUAUGAAACAACGGAGUGUCAACAAUUUAUCACUCAUCUUGGAAAUAGUGGUUGUAAACGUUCAAAGGCGAGAAAUGAUGCAAAUAAACAAAAUGUUUAUGCUCGAAAAUCCAUGGUAUUCUCAACUUUAUUUUUAUUUUUGGUUUCCUUUAAUUUUCCAUUUUAA